AUGAAUGAAUUUCAAACUAUGAAGAAGCUCAACAUCAGUCCAGUGAAAACAAUUAUUAAUUUUGCAUUGGAUUUUGUAGUGGACAACCACUAUUCUGUCAGAGAAGAGAGAGCCCAUAAAGCAUUAAUUAUGACUUCCCUUUUUGAGUUUGAGUCUUUGACAUGCCUCAGGUUUAAAUACAGAACAAGGGAGGUGGCCUAUCUUGAGUUUAUUGAUGGGAUAGGGUGUUGGUCAUAUGUAGGACCAGGGAAACGAACAGCACAAGAAAUAUCACUACAGGAGCCUCAUUGUGUGGAUGUUGGUAUAAUACAACAUCAAAUGAUGCAUGCACUUGGUUUUUAUCAUGAAACCUCUCGCAUUGAUCGUAAGAACCAUGUAGAAGUCAAAAUGGAGCACGUUCUGCCAGAGGAGGUUCACAACUUUAAUGUAAAGAAAUCCAAUAACUUGGUGACAGAAUAUGAUUACAGUUCAAUUAUGCAUUUUGGAAGGUACGCUUUUUCCAAAAUGCCUGGUUUACCUACUAUUGUGCCAAAACCAGAUCCAAAUAUAUAUCUUGGACAAUUGAUGGGAUUUUCCAAAACAGAUAUUUUAAAGAUAAACAAGCUGUAUCAGUGCAGAACUUAA